AUGAAGUUCCAAAUCUUGCCGGAUGGGCACGCGAUCAAAUAUUUCGAAGAGAUCCUUACGUUGUCAUCGUCUAAUGAUAAGUCAAUAGAUGGCAGCAACAAGGAGCCUUUCGUGUGCUUGCGAUCUGUUCUUCCGUCACGCCACUUCAGCAGCGAAAAAGCCGACUACCGAGGUCCACCAGUAGUGCUGUGA